AUGUGGAAGCUGAAGGUUGCAGAAGGUCAUGGACCAUACUUGUUUAGUACCAACAAAUAUAUUGGUAGACAAAUUUGGGAGUUUGAACCUAAUGCAGGAUCACCAGAAGAGCGAGCAGCAGUUGAAGAAGCACGAGAAGAAUAUAAAAAGAAAUCCAAACAAGAUCGAGCUCGGGCUUUGCCUUGCUCUGAUCUUCUGAUGCGAAUGCAGCUUAAAAAGGAAAACAACAAUAUCGACCUAAGCAUACCACCGGUGAGAGUAGGGGAGAAAGAAGAAGUGACCUAUGAGGCGGCAACAAUUGCUUUGAGGAAAGCUAUUCGGUUAAAUCGCGCCAUACAAGCAAGAGAUGGGCAUUGGCCCGCUGAAAAUGCAGGACCGAUGUUUUUUACACCACCCCUAAUCAUUAUCCUAUAUAUAAGUGGAGCAAUUAAUACUAUCCUAACAUGGGAACACAAAAAGGAGUUGGUUCGCUAUCUCUAUCUUCAUCAAAAUGAUGAUGGCGGAUGGGGAUUUUACAUAGAGGGUCACAGCACCAUGAUUGGCUCAGCACUUAGCUACGUUGCUCUACGUUUGCUCGGAGAAGGGCCUGAUGGUGGACAAGAUGGGGCAAUGACAAAAGCCCAGAAAUGGAUACUUGAUAAUGGCGGUGCGACAGGGAUACCUUCUUGGGGGAAGACUUAUCUAUCGGUGUUGGGAGCGUAUGAAUGGGCCGGAUGCAACCCACUGCCCCCAGAAUUCUGGUUUUUCCCUUCAUUUUUGCCUUAUCAUCCAGCAAAAAUGUGGUGUUACUGUCGCACGACUUACAUGCCCAUGUCAUACCUGUACGGGAGGAAAUAUCAUGGGCCGAUCACCGAUCUUGUCAAGUCAUUAAGACUAGAAAUUCACCCAAAGCCAUAUGAGGAGAUAAACUGGAAUAAAGCGCGCCAUGACUGCUGCAAGGAGGAUCUCUACUAUCAUCAUACCUUCAUACAAGAUCUCCUUUGGGAUGGUCUUCAUUAUCUAAGUGAGCCGAUCAUGAACUAUUGGCCCUUCAACAAGAUAAGAGAGAGAGCCAUCCGAAAAACAGUCAAGUACAUGCGUUAUGGAGCAGAGAGUAGCAGAUACAUUACCAUAGGAUGUGUCGAAAAGAGUUUGCAAAUGAUGUGUUGGUGGGCGGAGAACCCUGAUGGCGAUGAGUUCAAGCAUCAUCUUGCCCGAAUUCCUGAUUAUUUGUGGCUUGCUGAAGAUGGAAUGAAAAUGCAGAGUUUUGGCAGCCAAUUAUGGGACACUACUUUCGCCACUCAGGCAAUUAUAGCAAGUAAUAUGGCUGACGAAUAUGGGGAUUCUCUUAAGAAGGCACAUGUUUACAUAAAAGAAUCACAGAUCCAAAAAAAUCCAGCUGGGGAUUUCGAGAGCAUGUAUCGUUGCCUUACUAAAGGAGCAUGGACUUUCUCUGAUCAAGAUCACGGUUGGGGAGUCUCGGACUGCACAGCUGAAUCACUGAAGUGUCUACUAACAUUUUCGCAAAUGCCUACCGAAAUUGUAGGGGAAAAAGCUGACAAUGAGAGUUUAUAUGAUGCAGUGAAUGUCCUUCUAUUCUUACAGAGUCCUAAAAGUGGUGGAUUUGCUGUUUGGGAGCCACCAGUUCCACUAACUGCUUUCCAGAUGUUCAAUCCUUCAGAAGUUUUUGCUGACAUUAUGGUCGAGAUGGAACAUGUGGACUGCACUGCAUCUAUAAUCUAUGCUCUAUUGUUCUUCAAACGUUUACAUCCAACGCAUCGAGAGAAAGAAAUCGAAAUUUCAGUGGCAAAAGCAAUAGGUUUCCUUGAGCGGAGACAGUUUCCCAAUGGUUCUUGGUAUGGCUAUUGGGGAAUUUGUUUCAUCUAUGGAACAUUUUUUGUGCUGCAAGGGUUAGUUUCAGCUGGAAAGACUUAUAGCAAUAGCCAAGCAGUUCGUAGAGGCAUUGAAUUUUUGCUUUCAAUACAAAAUGAAGAGGGAGGUUGGGGAGAGAGCUUGGAAUCAUGCCCUUCUAUGAAAUAUCAACCACUAGAAGGAAACAGAACAAAUCUAGUACAAACAUCAUGGGCUAUGUUGGGUCUUAUUUAUGGUGGACAGGCUGAGAGAGAUCCAACACCUUUACAUAGAGCAGCAAAGCUAUUGAUCAAUGCACAGAUGGAAGAUGGUGAUUUUCCACAACAGGAAAUCACUGGAGUCGUCAUGAAGAAUUGUAUGCUACAUUAUGGACAAUACAGGAACAUUUUCCCAAUGUGGGCACUUGGAGAGUACUGCAAGCGUGUUAAAUUCCAGAUGGGAAAAAAGUAAAAUAAAAAAAAAAUAAGGAUUAGUCUCUAUGCAUUAAUUUGUUGCCUUAGUUUCUAUCGUGAUCCUAAGUUUGUUCAAGACAUUUGACUAGCACAGCUUCCCUACUCUUUGUUUUGUCAAGUAAUAGACUAUGAAGUUGCUUUUGUACCCGCGCUUUAAUUUGAUAAUUUGAAGCUAAGCUUCUAUCCAAA